GAAUGGAAUCCUCUGCAAGACCCAAGCUUUACCCGAUCGUCGACACUUCAACCACCAAUGCUCCUCUCCCAAGUUCCUCCUCUUCUUCUUCUUCUACUACUAAUAAUCUAUAUCCUUCCCUCGAUGUUAAUGAUCUCGUCAACAAUAUCUUCCCGGAGCAAUCCUCUGUCUCAGCCUCGGCUCCUCCCGUGGCGACGGAGGAAGUGAUUCUGACAGUAAAAGGCGCGAUUCUCCACCUCAUCGACAAAUCAUACAGCGUGGAGCUCGCUGUCGGCGAUCUCGAGAUCAUCCGUCUUGUUCAGGGCGAAAUCACCGUCGCCGUGUUCGCUCGCGUCGCCGAUGAGAUCCAGUGGCCGUUGACCAGAGACGAACCCGCCGUGAAAGUCGACGAGUCGCAUUACUUCUUCUCGCUCCGACCCGUGAAAGAAUCCGGGUCGGAAGAGAACAACGAUAUGUUGAAUUACGGGUUAACAAUCGCUUCCAAAGGGCAAGAGCAGUUGCUCGAGAAGCUGGACAUGAUCUUGUCGGAUUACAGCAGUUUCACGGCGGAGAAACACAAGGAGGAGGAUGUUAAUAACGUGUUGGAUUUGACGGCGGCGAAGGAGACGUCGCCGGAGGAGCUGAAGGGAAAGAGGAAGAAGAUGGUGGAGAAGCAAUGUACGGCGUAUUGGACGACACUGGCUCCGAAUGUUGAGGAUUACAGUGGAGUUGCUGCGAAACUGAUCGCUGCAGGUUCUGGACAGUUGAUCAAAGGGAUCUUAUGGUGUGGAGAUUUGACAAUGGAUCGGCUCAUGUGGGGAAAUGAUUUCAUGAAGAAGAACUUGUCCAAAGCAGAGAAAGAGAGAGAAGUUGGCCCUAAAACUCUGAAACGUCUCAAGAGAGUGAAGAAGAUGACGAAAAUGACAGAGAAAGUGGCGAAUGGUGUGCUCUCUGGUGUUAUAAAAGUUUCUGGAUUCUUCUCGAGUUCAGUGGUGAAUAGCACAGCUGGGAAGAAACUCUUUGGUCUUCUUCCUGGAGAAAUGGUUCUUGCAACACUUGAUGGAUUCAACAAGGUUUGUGAUGCUGUUGAAGUAGCUGGAAGAAACGUUAUGAAAACAUCUUCCACUGUCACUACUGAAAUCGUCGACCACAAGUAUGGAGCAAAGACAGCACAAGCGACAAAUGAAGGGCUUGGAGCAGCAGGGCAUGCUAUUGGAACGGCGUGGACGGUUUUCAAGAUCAGACAAGCUCUCAACCCCAAGAGUGCGAUAAAGCCAUCAUCACUGGCUAAAACCGCAAUCAAAACGGCAGCUAAAGAAAAAAAGAAGGGGGAAAAAGUUCUUUUAACUAGGAAAGAAGCUUUCAAGUUAUGAGAUUUAUGCAAACAUGGAUAGAAUUUUAGAUAUGAUUUGAUUAAUAACCGCAAAAUAUCAUAAAGUGAGAAUUAUGAUGUUCUUUUUUUGGCUUGGUUUCUUCUAAAUAGGAAGAAAGCUUUCUCUCUAAUGCAAUUUGUAUUGCUUGUUCUUCAGUCUCAUUGCCUUGGCACAGAAGCUAUGAAUAGACAGUAAUAGUU